UAGCCACUGUUUUAUGUAACCUGUUAAAAUCGGAAUCUUAAAAAAAUAAUUAUUAUUGUAUGUACGAGUCGGGAAAGGUUUACAGCCUAACUCAAAGGUCUUUUAUCAUGGUGUCCUUUUAACAGUGUAUGACCGCUGUGUUCUCGCUCUCAAACUAAAGCAGUGAAGCUCAUGAAUUGGUCAGUAACAGUAUCUGAGGAGCCUUUAACGGAUGGGAAACUUCAUGUCCACUAGUGCUGGAAGGUUUUCAAACCAGACAUAUAUACAGUUUAUACAGGAUGUGGUGUCUCAUAACUGCGUCGUUAUAUUCUCCAAGACAACGUGUCCUUAUUGCAAGAUGGCCAAGAAUGUCUUUAAUCAAAUAGGAGCUUCCUAUAAGGUGAUUGAACUGGAUGAACAUCAUAACGGCCAACAGCUUCAAGAGGCUUUAGCACAAAUGUCCGGUGCCAGAACGGUCCCAAGAGUCUUUGUCAAUGGACAGUGCAUUGGAGGAGGCUCUGAUACGCGACAGCUUCAUGAACAGGGCAAACUGUUGCCACUCAUUGAGAAGUGUAACCCAUGCUGCCUGAAUAAUGCUUCAGAAGGAUCAGGGAGUGGGCAAUAUACUUCAUGACUGUUGAUUAAUUUAUGCACUAUUACCAUCCUCCUGCAGUCCAGAUGAAUUAAAUCAGCGAAUACUGAGAUAAAGAACUAAUAACUGCUAUCCGGCAUAAGUGGUGUAUUUUGGUCUUUUUUGUUGUUCUUGUUGUUGUUAAAAAAAUGUUCCUACCUCAGUACUGUUCAUUCGUGUAUAGUUUUUAAAAUAAAGUAAUAGUGCAAUAAAA